UGUUCUUACAUCUAAUACAUCGACAAGAGAUAAGAGCUGACCUAAAAGAAGUGUUUUUGAAUCAGACGAUCAAUGACCCGAGUGGACUCACGGCUCUGGUAGUGUAGUAGCUUAAUAAAAGUCCUCGGACCAGCUGUCUGAGUUGGUACAAUGGACCUUAAGAAAAAGGUCAUAGAGCGCUUAAGUAAAUGCACUGUUGGAGAGGAGUCACUGCCUUUACCUGCCCUGACCAAAGCUUCAGUGCUGAUUCCUCUGUUCGUGAGAGAAGGGAAGCUACAGGUGCUGAUGACCGUGCGCUCCACUGAACUCAAACACAAUGCAGGAGAGGUGUGCUUUCCUGGGGGGAAGUCUGACAGAAAUGAUCGAGAUGAAAUUGACACUGCCUUAAGAGAGGCAGAGGAGGAGAUUGGCCUUCCUCCUGAUGGAGUAGAAGUAGUUUGCAGACUCAUUCCAGUCUUGAAUCAGAGGGGACUUCUGGUGACCCCUGUGGUGGGUUUCAUUAGCGAGUCUUUCCAAGCCCGUCCAAACCCAGCUGAAGUGAGUGAUGUGUUCUCUGUUCCUCUGGAGUUUUUCUUGAAGAAUACUCAUCACUCGGCCUAUCCUGUACCCAACGUAGGUGGCAUGACGCACAGUUUCAUCUUCACUGACCCUCUUACAGACAAGAUCCAUCAAAUCUGGGGAUUAACAGCAGCUCUGACUAUACUGUUGGCUGUUUUAGUGUUUGAGAGGAAACCAGAGUAUGAGGUUGGCUUUGAUGUGGACAAUCCAAUCAGAAACUUUCGACGUGAACUUCAACACAGGCUUAGCAAGUUAUGAGUACACAGGAAGGUCUUCUAGGCACAGAAUAAGGCUGAUCCUGGACUAAAUUACAGAGUGAGAAUGUAAAUGGUAUAAAAUAAUUAUUCUCUAUGUUAAAAUUAGCAGUGGCCAGAAAACUAUACUGAACUUAACUACGCUGAACUUCAGAACUUUAGAACUCAAGCAGUGCUAAUUGUAGCUUCCAUCAGUCCUGAUAGUAGCAUUUUAUUGCUAAGGUCCACUGAGAGAAUUUUUUGUGAUGUUAACAAAAUAUUAAGUAAAAUGUAUCAUAUGUAAAGGUAAUAGGUGUGGAAAGCAGCAUGCUAAUGAGAAGAAUGUACAACAAGCAAGGAAGCCAGUGUGACUGUAUGUCAAGGCUUACUGUGUUUUACAAAAGAAAAGAUAACUUGAAUAAAAGUGAGCUUUGAAUUGUUAAUCAUUUUGAUGUAUUCUGCAUCAAAAAUACUGAUCAUUACUAAAGGUUUAGGAAUAUAACAGUGUGCCAGCUACAGAGUUUCCUGAUACCUCACUGAAAACUCACAUGUCUGUGACUGAGAUUCACUGCAGAAGAUGAAGGUCUGAUACCAGUAAGUUCCUCUAAAGGACGUUCCAAAUAAAAUCUAAACCAAUGUAAAAUUGAAUUUGUGAUGUAUAUUGUCUUGUUUUUUUUUUCUUGUCUGAAAAAAGUAGAUUUUAGCAUUACUUUGUCCUCUGUACUUUUAUUAGCAACUACUUCACAUCUGCUAUUUCUGUCCAUUAGGGUUUACAUUGUGAAACAGUAUCAAGCCUUUUUUUGUGACAUAUUUACCAUGCUUUUCCUGUCAGUAUUGGCUCUUUCUGGUGCUUUCGCAGUGUAGCUGUAGGCACUAGGAGCAGGUGGACUCCCGCCAGCCAACCUCUGCUUAAUCAGAGAGCAAGGCUGUCUCAGCAGCUCCCUGCAAAUGGAUGGAUAACUAUUCAUCACUUACACUGGCAUCACAGCAGCAGCACGAUGAAACAAAUUUGCUUUCACUCUCUCAUGAAUAACCUCCCAGCAGUUUUUCAUACACAUAAAAAGGCUUGUAAAUCUGUCCAAAGUAAAUCGUAGGGGUGUGUACAUACAGUAUGUGAAUGUUAAUGUGGGUUUGUGGGCCACUAGAGGGCACAGCAACAUUGGAAUUACACUUACAGUGUCUUAACCAUGGAUUUCAAAACAGGUCAGUGUAGUAUGAUUGUAGGUUUGAUAUGUUAAUACAUUUAUUAACAGAUACUACUAGUAAUGUGUAGGGGUAUAAUGAUACAUUCUUCAGGUUCACUGUUUUUUAUUCUGAGGUUAAGAUUCUGUUUGAUUUUUGAUGUGUUAAAAAUGUCUUGAUUCUAAAGAGCUCUAGUUAUACACAUCACAGGAAAAUAAAGUUUUAUUUCACAGCAGAAGACUA